AUGGGAGGGUCACAGCCAUGGCCACAGGUGCCCGUUGGAAACAAAGAUCACACUGAUGCUGCGGUAGUCAUCAUUGGAGCCGGAAUCUCUGGAAUGUGUAUGGCGAUCGAUUUAAUCAAGCGAAACCAAUGCCACAACUUCAUAAUCGUGGAGAAGAGCUCGAGUGUGGGAGGGACCUGGCAUGACAACAAAUAUCCCGGGUGUUGCUGUGAUAUCUGGAGCAUGCUUUACUCGUACUCGUUUGAGCAGAAUCCAGAUUGGACAAGAGAGUAUCCGGGACAGGAAGAGAUAUUGGACUACCUCCGUAACGUCGCUAGAAAAUACAAUCUCUACAAAUACAUCCGCUUUAACACCUCGGUCGAAUCUGCGACAUGGGACGACUCAAAAAACCGCUGGAAAGUUGACGUCACUAUAACCGGCGGAAAGGACGCUGAGUUCAAUCCCGCUUAUAGCAUCGAAUGCGAUUUCCUAGUCAGCGCUGUUGGACAGUUGAAUCAACCGAGGUAUCCAGAUAUCGACGGCUUGAAAGACUUCAAGGGCAAGAUCAUGCAUAGUGCAAGAUGGGACUGGAGUUAUAAGCUUGAUGGAAAGAGGGUGGGGAUCAUUGGAAAUGGAGCGACGGCUGCCCAGAUCAUCCCUGAGAUCCUACCUUCAACCUCCUCGCUGACAGUCUACCAACGCUCCCCUAACUGGGUCAUCCCGCGCGAUGACGGCCCCGUCGGGCCCCUCCGGCGCGCAAUAUACCGUUACUUGCCUCCCGUGCGCUGGCGGAUGAGAUCUACAAAGAUGGAUAUCCGGGAAUCAUUUUAUGAUGCGGUGACGAAUGAUAAGUCUGAUUCCGCAGAUGUGAUAAGAAGCUCUUGCUUCGACAUGAUGAAAAAACACAUACCAGGCAAACCUGACUUGUGGGAGAAACUCACGCCAGACUACAGCCCAGGCUGCAAGCGCGUCAUCAUCUCAGACGACUACUAUCCAGCCCUUGCGAACCCCAAGACCAACUUGGAGACGACCAAAAUCAAGCGUAUCACAGAGUUUGGCAUCGAGCUCCAAGACGGCACACACCAUGAUCACGACAUUAUUGUCCUGGCGACCGGCUUCCGCACAGUCGAGUUCUUGUACCCCAUCAAGGUCACAGGAACGCAAGGCCGUUCCUUAGGAGCUAUCUGGGAAGGUGGUGCAACCGCGCUGUACGGUACUACAGUCCCUUCACUCCCAAAUUUCGGCAUGUUCUACGGCCCAAAUACAAACCUCGGACACAACUCGAUCAUAUUGAUGAUCGAAGCACAGUCUCGAUACCUCAAUACUCUCGUGUCCGCUGUUCUAGAUGGUAGGAAUCGGGGGAAUCGGGUGGGUUUGAUGCCGAAGCAACGACGAACCGACGAGUUUAACGAUCAGAUCCAGGAGAUAUUGAAGAAGAGCAGUUUUGCGGAUCCAGCAUGUCAGAGUUGGUAUAAGAACAAGGAAGGGAGAAUUACGAACAACUGGAGUGGCACAGUGGUGGAGUAUCAGGAGAUGCUGUCCAAAGUUGACUGGGAAGAUUUCGAGACGACUGGAUUGCGAAAUGAGAAUGGAGUAACUGGUGCCGGCACGAACGUGAGUGCUAGUAGAGUUGUGUUCGGGAGUGGGAAGCAGGAGACAAAGAUUGGAAGAGUUCAUGAAGAGACGUCGGUGAGUAACACAGUGCUGGCUUUGGGUACGUUGAGUGCCGUAGCAGCGGGCGCAGCGUGGGUGUAUCGUGGACGUUUCCCGAAGAGGCUGGGACUGGGCUCUUGACGAGGUUUUGAAUUUGAGAUAAGCUAGUAAUGCUGUAUAGGAUACUUUGAUUGGCAUAUCAUGGAUUCCGAGCGCCUGUUACUCCGCAUGCUUCUGUAUUCUCCUGAUACCAUACUAACGCCGUUGCCAACCCAGUCGCAGCCAUAAGUGUAAACAAAACCAUACCCAAGUCGAAGCACCUAGGAAAGAGAAGGCUCCGAUCAGACACCCAUGGUGAAGUCAUGUUCUAUGCCGGGCG